CGUUCCCACAAUAAUCACAUGAUAUCCCCAAUCGAAAGGUAGAACAUAUAGUUCCCAAAAACAAGGCCAAAAAAAAGUGUAAAAAACAUGGAGAAAGCAAGUGGGAAAACAAGCAACAAUAAUAAUGCAAGGUUAGCUAUAAUGGAAUUAGCUAACAUGAUAAGUGUACCUAUGUCUCUUAAUGCCGUUGUUAAACUCAAGGUAGCUGACGCUAUUUGGGAAGUUGGAUCAAAUACCCCACUCUCUCCCGCUGAAAUCCUCGCUAAAAUCCGCGGCCCUCAGGGCGGCGGUGACUCUGAGAACCUUCAGCGAAUCUUACGCAUGCUCAUGAGCUAUGGUGUAUUCGAGGAGCACGUAGUUGAUGACGUCUCUCAAAGAAGAUAUUCAUUGGCUGAGGUAGGAAAAUCCCUAGUCACGGACGUGGACAGCUUAUCCCAUGGCUCGUACGUGCUCCAACAUCAUCAGGACGCAUUAAUGAGGGCGUGGACUAUGGUUCAUGAGGCUGUCAAUGAUUCGUCCACAGAGCCAUUUGUGAAGGCAAAUGGCGAGCCAGCCUACAAUUACUAUGGGAAAAAUCCAGAGAUGAAUAGCAUUAUGUUAAAUGCAAUGUCUGGUGUUUCUGUGCCAUUUAUGAAGGCAAUUUUAGAAGGAUAUGAUGGUUUUCAAGGUGUGAAAACACUUGUUGAUGUUGGGGGGAGUGGCGGAGAUUGCUUGAAGAUGAUUUUAGAAAAACAUUCAAGUAUUCAACUUGGAAUCAAUUUUGAUUUGCCCGAGGUUGUUGAAAAAGCACCCCAAAUUCCUCGUGUAAAACACAUUGGUGGUGACAUGUUCAAUUCUAUACCAAAGGGGGAUGCUAUUUUCAUGAAGUGGGUGCUAACAACAUGGACAGAUGACGAAUGCAAGCAAAUAAUGAAGAGUUGUUACAAUGCACUUCCAGAGAAAGGAAAAUUUAUUGCUUGUGAGCCUGUAUUGCCUCACCAUACUGAUGAUAGCAAGAGAACUCGAGCCCUUCUUGAAGGAGACAUCUUUGUCAUGACAAUUUACCGUGCCAAGGGCAAACACCGGACUGAGGAGGAAUACCGACAGCUUGGCCGAUCAGCCGGUUUUGCCGACUGUCGUGGUUUCUACAUUGAUCACUUCUUCACCACUCUUGAAUUUCAAAAGUUAUGAAUAGAAUUGUAACGUCCAAUUGCGAGUAGCAUGAAGGUAGUUCUACAUGCUAAAAUGUCUUAACAUUAAUAAUAAACAUAAGUGUGUAAUGGGAAAAAUAAAUAAAUAGCAUUCCUUAGAUAGAAAAUUGCUAGUUAUA